AUGAAUGGACUACAGCCCGUCUCAAUCCGCGCAUGCACCCGACUCCGCUGCCUGCCGAAGCCUCCGCGCCCAGCAUCAUGCCUCCCCCGCCGGUACCUGCUCUCCGGUGACGGCCCCCUUAACCACCACCCCCUCCGCACCCCGCAGACCCCCCCCCCUGCUCCCACCCCCGCUCUCGACCCCGCCCUAACGGGCCUCACGCCAAUCCCCCUCACCAACCGUGAGGGCCCUAUCCGGCGCCUCCUCGCCGCCAUCUCCGCCCGCAGGGACCCAGCAAUCUGGCACCACUUCACCGCCAUCGCCGCCGCAGACCUCACACCCCGCCUCACCGCCGCAGACUUCUCAAGCAUCCUCCUCUCCCUCCGCCCCGCACGCUACGUCUCGCUCAGGGCACGGCACUACCUCAACGACCUCGGCCACCCCCGCCUGCUCCCGCUGCGCAUCUCGUACGACGAGUUCCGCAGGAGACUCCAUGCCGUGUCCGUCCAGAUGGAGGCCAACGGCUACCAGAUGGGCGUGCACGAGUACACCCACCUCCUCGACUGCGCGCGCGCCGGCAAGGACCGCGUCCUCGCCGAGCAGCUCUGGCGCCGUAUGGCGGCCGCGGGGGUCGCCCCGGACACGUGGGCGUAUAACUCGUACAUGGCGGCGCUGUGCGGGACGGCGACGUUUGAGCGGGAGCUGCGUGUCACAGAGCGGACGCUGGCAAUGCGGUCGGCGACGCCAGAGGACGUGAGGACGAGGGCCAUGACGAUAUAUCGCAGCAUGAUUGACCGCGGGGUUGUGCCGAACAGUAUGACGUUUGAUCUGCUGCUGCUGGCCAUGUCGCGCAUGGGCGAUAUCGGCGGCAUGUGUAGGACGCUGAAGGAGGUGUGGGAUGUGGAUGUGGGGGCGCUGGCCACGCGGAAGGAGACGCCGGCGCCGGCGGUGGGUAAGGACUCGCCGCUGUGCCCGACGCAGCAUACGUUGCUUGCGGUUGCGGCGGCGUUUGGUAGUAAUAAUGAUGUGGAGAGCGCGGUGAGAACGGUGGACCAUCUGGCGAGGAGGUAUAAGGUGCUGAUCUCGAAGGCGACGUGGGCAAUGCUGCUUAAUUGGACGUAUGUGGCGACGAGGCCGCCGGCAAAGUAUCUGCCCAAGUACAGCCCGGUCAAUCUGUGGGACAUCAUGACGGCGCCGCCGUACUCGAUGCAUGAGAAGGCCAUUGUGGCCAUCGGCGAUGCGCUGAAGAUAUAUGCUGCAGAUGCCGCGGCCAAUGGGCAUGUGAACGGCGAUGAGAAGGAGAUUGCAUGGCGGCGGAGGAUGGAGUUCAGGGAGCGCAGUAUGAUCCGCCGGUGGGCGGAGCUGCUGUGUCUGGGGAAGGGGAUGAGGCCCGGGCAUGCGAGGACGCUGGUGCCGGAUGUGGUGCGCAAGCUGGGCUGGUUCUUGGGCGAUCGGGUCACGUAUGUGAUGACCACGGGGUAUGUCACGCUGGAGAGGGGCAAGGAGUAUGCGUGGAGGCCGAUGAGUAUUCGCCGGAGGAAGAGGGUGGGGACGCCGUUGGGGACGGGGUCCAAGGAGAUGGAUUAUCUGGAUUAG